AUGUGCAGAGCGGCUGAGGUUCCGAAGCGAAUGCCACUUCAACAUCGAGUCCCGAAGCACGAUUACACGGAGCUUGGACAUGUGCCCCAGUGGCUACAGGACAAGGAAAACAAUGCCUACGAGGCUUUUGGUAGAAACCCACCCCCAGGGCAUAAGCCGCUGGAAGAGGCUUGGAGAUGGCGGGCCAGGCGCACUUUUGAAUUGCUAAGCAUUCAAAGGGAGGGCGAUCCAGAAAGCGAGACUUUGCAGGACAUGUUGUUUGCUCUCCCUGCCCGUGAACUGCUUCUUGACCUGCGUGCCCUUGCAGAUGAUGAAGAAGCAAUGCCUACAUCGGUGCCUGAAACGUUUUAUGUUCAGCUGGCACUGGCCUAUGAUGCUUUUGCGUGGGCUUUCCGCAUGUUGAGCAGCCAAAUGAAAGAAAAGCUUCGAGAUCAGUUCCUGGACACGGUUCUCUAUGUGGAGGACCGUUUCAGAGAUCCCAAUUGGACCCGUCAGGCGGCGCGAAAGCUAGGCGUCUUAGUGGCACCAUCUGUAGCACCAGCGCUCUUGGCAACGAGGCCACAAGCACAGAGGAGGAGUGCGGAGGCACCCGCAGCCAAGCCGGCUCCACGGAAACGUCCCAG